CACCAAAACCGGGCCGAAAAUUGGCUGCCCUAGGUGCGAGUGCGAACGCAGGCGCGUCGUUGAAGGAAAAGGGCGCGUAAAUCGAGCGCGUGUAGGUGAGCGGGGUCGUGGGCUGAUCUCCCUCACUGCGGACUGCUGUUCCGGCAAUGGCGUCCUCCUCAUUGUCGUCAUCGCCGUCGGAGAGGAGGGGAAUCCCUGCUGCCGCGUUUAUAGAGGAUGUUCAGUCCCACCUGUUGCAGUCGGGGCUCGACGCAAACUCUUGCCUUGGCUUACUUCAAGAGAGACUUCAGCAGUACAAGUUAGUAGAAAUGAAGCUUCUUGCACAGCAGAGGGAUCUUCAGGCAAAAAUUCCUGACAUUAAGAAGUGUCUAGAUAUUGUGAGUACAUUGCAAGAAAAGCGGACAUCUGGUGAGGCACUAAUUUCUGAUUUUGAAGUCUCUGAGGGCAUAUAUGCAAAAGCGCGGAUUGAGGAGACCAACUCCAUAUGCCUGUGGUUAGGAGCAAAUGUCAUGCUAGAGUAUUCCUGUGAAGAGGCCGAUGCACUUUUGAAGAAGAAUCUGGAAAAUGCCAAAGCCAGUUUAGAGGUGCUUGCUGAUGAUCUGCAAUUUUUAAGGGAUCAAGUGACUAUAACACAGGUCACAAUUGCCCGAGUGUACAAUUGGGAUGUUCAUCAACGGAGGAUGAAGCAAGCUGCUAAAGCUACCUAAAAGAUUUUGUCUCUCUUACAACCGAAUUUUUAUUAGGGCAUUGCGUUCUGUGGUCGAUUUUGUCUUAGCUCCAGUGGCGUUUGUUGGUUUUCCAUGUCUGUUUCAUUUACACCCCUCUGUUCUGAGUCCAAGCAAGCCGACACUUUUCCUGCUUGCUAUUUGUAACAUGAGACUUCGUGAUCUUAACAUUAUUAUUCACAAUGAGAAUUUGUAAUACCAGGUAGACAAAUGAGUGAAUGUUUAUUCUGAAA